AUUGAACUUAAAUGCAUGGUUUGCAGAUCCUUGGAUUUCUCAUUAGCAUUGUUACAACUACUGGUUGAAGAUAUAGAGAGGAAUAUGGAGCAAGCAGUUCAAGAAUCUUACACUAACACUCUUAAGCCAUGGCAUGGAUGGAUCUCUUCAGCAGCUUUCAAAGUAGCGUUAAAGCUAGUACCAGACAGCAAGGGUUUAAUCACAAUUCUCAUGGGAAAAAAUAAAAGUAACGAUGACUUUAAGAAGGAAAUGCGCACCUUUAUUUCACUACUGGCACCUCUCUUAAAAGAAAUUCACAAUGUUCUGGGUGCAUAUGGUCUUGAUACAUUAAAAUCUACUUGAAGAUGAAGUGCCCAAGAAAGUGUACAUAACUUAUUAAGUUCUCUGACCAUUAUC